AACCAGGAGUGAAAGCUCGGAAACGCGACUAUUUUUCGCUGCAGUUAAAUAAUUAUUCAAAGGAGCGGUUUGACCGGAAUCUGGCAAGAUGUCGAUCGAAAUUGAAUCUACUGACAUUAUUCGUCUUAUUCAGCAGUUUUUAAAAGAAUCAAAUCUGCAACGGAGUCUUCAGGCGAUGCAGGAGGAGACAGGAGUCUCAUUGAAUACGGUAGACAGCGUGGAGAGUUUUUCUGCAGAUAUUACAAAUGGACAUUGGGACAUUGUUCUUAAAGUGACGCAGUCCCUUAAACUUCCCGACAAAAAGUUGAUUGAUCUUUAUGAGCAGGUUGUUAUCGAAUUGAUCGAGUUGCGAGAAUUGGGUGCUGCUAGGUCCCUUUUGCGACAAACUGAUCCUAUGAUCAUGAUGAAACAAAGCGAGCCGGAGCGAUAUAUGCACUUGGAAAACCUACUGGCAAGGUCAUAUUUUGAUCCUCGAGAAGCAUACUUGGAAGGGAGUGGGAAGGAAAAACGACGAGCUGCAAUCGCCCAAGCAUUAUCUGGCGAAGUGUCUGUCGUUCCACCGUCUAGAUUGUUGGCCUUGUUGGCACAAGCAUUAAAGUGGCAGCAACACCAAGGACUCCUUCCUCCUGGCACUGCAAUUGAUUUGUUCCGUGGGAAAGCAUCAAUGAAGGAGCAGGAAGAUGAGAGAUAUCCAACUCAGAUGGUCAAACAAAUCAAGUUUACUCAGAAAAAUCAUGUCGAAUGUGCAAAAUUCUCUCAAGAUGGGCAAUAUCUCGUGUCAGGCUCGGUAGACGGAUUUAUUGAAGUUUGGAACUUUACGACGGGAAAAAUUCGAAAGGAUCUCAAAUACCAAGCUCAGGAUAACUAUAUGAUGAUGGAAGAACCAGUUCUUUGCCUCACAUUCAGCAGAGAUUCCGAAAUGUUAGCGUCAGGAUCAGGAGCUGGAAAAAUCAAGAUUUGGAAAAUAGCCACUGGACAAUGCCUUCGUCGAUUUGAAAAGGCUCAUUCAAAAGGAGUAACAGCCAUGCAAUUUUCCAAGGAUAACAGUCAAGUUGUCAGUUCGUCAUUUGAUCAUACAAUUCGGCUUCACGGAUUGAAAUCAGGAAAGUGCAUCAAAGAAUGGAGAGGACACACCUCAUUCGUAAAUGAGUUGGCAUUCACUCAAGACACGCACAACAUUAUCAGCGCGUCCUCAGACGGAACCAUUAAAAUUUGGGGAAUGAAAGGCACUGAAGCCAUCCAUACAUUCAAAUCGCUGGGUGGGACUGGAGCUGUUGAUAUUCCGAUAAAUACGAUUGCCAUCCUUCCAAAGAACCCAGAUCAUUUUGUUGUCUGUAAUCGAUCAAACACAGUUGUUAUCAUGAAUAUGCAAGGACAGAUUGUCAAGUCAUUUACAAGUGGUAAAAGAGAAGGAGGAGAUUUCGUCUGUGCUACUAUUUCACCCCGUGGAGAGUGGAUUUAUUGCGUUGGGGAGGACAAAGUUCUCUACUGUUUUUCCGUUGCAACUGGAAAACUGGAAAGAACAUUGACGGUUCACGAUAAAGAUGUGAUUGGAAUUAACCAUCAUCCUCACCAAAACUUGAUUUGUACAUACAGCGAGGACGCCACUCUAAAACUUUGGAAACCAUAACCGAUUCUUAUUUUAUUUUAAAACAACAUAAGAUUACAUGUCUUGUAUAUCGUGUGUGUGCAGUAGAAUUAGAUUAAACUUACCUUCGUCUGACCUUAAACAAUUAAUUAUUUCGUAAAUUUUCUAUGAAGCUUGUUUUUAUGUGAACCAUAGUAAACUAAAUAAAUCAAUUUUGUUUGUUA